AUGCCGCCCAAGCGCAAAAACACAGACAACGCCGCCGCUAUGGACCGUCCAGAAAAGAAAACCAAGGCUCCCAAGAAAGGAGCAAAGGCAGCCCCCGAAGUCUACACUGCUCAGCAGAAAGCUGCAAUCCAGCAGUUUAUCAGCUUUACUCAACUUGACAAGUCCACCGCGGUCAGGGCACUCAAAAGCCAUGGCUGGGAUGCACAGAACGCCGUGAACGCCUCUCGGACUUUGAGCCUUUCAAUCAGCACAAUCAACACCGCCGACGACGAACGCCUCUUUUCUGGCAAGACCGCUGCUUCCUCCGAUUCCACCAAGUCCAGUAUCGAGACCUACACAGUUCAGGGAGCUUUCCGACCGCUUGCCGUACCACACCUGGUUGAGGGUUUGGACUGUUUACAGACGGAGCAACAUCGAGUCCAAGCGGAACACCUAAGCCGCGUGCUACAUAGCAGUCUCAGUCUUACCAACGUUACCAACGCACCAGAAAGUCAGUUCGCGCUAGCCCGUCAUAUCCGAUACGGCAGUCUGGGAACAGACUCGGUCAUUAUACAACAUCCGCGCAGUAUCACAACUCCCCUUCCAAGUACAUGCUUGCCGGAAACUAUACUCGAGGAGCUGCUGGCGCUCUUGCACACUACCACAGUGCCUUCACUUCACACCUCCGUCUCUGAUCAUCACCUAGGUUCAGAGCCGACUGUGUCGUUGCGCGGUGGUUCUGGCAACUACGUCGGCUCUGGGGGCUACAGCAACGACUACAACGAGCAUGACAUCUCAGGAAGACGCAGUCCCCAAGCUUCAGACACCCCAGGACAAGCUGCGCUCUGGGCUCUCGAGAGCCAUUACUUGAAAUGUAUGGCUCCCAUGGACUAUGCUUCCUAUGUGGACUCCUGCAAACAAGAGACUCUUUGGUUCGAGUCCAUCGGGAUCACCCAAAUAUGGCCGAGAAUCGCACAGGCCAUUGAGCAUUUGCCCAUAACCGUAGGCGUAAACUACAACACGUUUAUCCAAUCACUAUCACUUGCGAAUCGGAGUGUGUUCGCCAAGCUCUUCAGCCUCCUCCCGUUGAUCAACCACAAAACGAUCCCAGCUCCCGCUUUCGAAAAAUGGAAGUUGGCGCGUCUGGCCUUCUUCCAUGGUCUGGGACGUGAUGGCAGGACCAAAUUCUGCCGCAUCAUCAUCGAAAGAAUAAAAUUGGUGACAGGGUCUGAUGAAGUGCCCGUGCUGAGCGAUGCCACGUCGUCACCUAUCGACACAGUGCAUCUGUUCGUUACUGCGAAACUGUUUGUGCAGCUCAAUUCUCCCAUAUCACUGAAGAAUUAUCAGUAUCACGUGUACCUUUACGAUAUGCCUGGAUUACAAGUCACUCACGACGAGCUUUUCGUUGCAACUGCCAACUGGCAACUCAUCAAAUACAUUGACAAAGACUGA